GGGGCCGGCGAGUCCAUGGACGCGCCAAGUAGAAGCCGGGGGCGAUAAGGCGGCGCGCGGCGGCCGGGGCAGCAGGCGGCCGGGGCGAGCGCGGAGCUGUCGGAGCCAUGGACUGCAGCCUCAUCCGGACGCUCAUCAACAGAUACUGUGCUGGAGAAGAGAACUGGGUGGACAGUCGGACCAUCUACGUGGGGCACAGGGAGCCGCCUCCAGGCACCGAGGCCUACAUCCCGCAACGAUACCCGGAUAACAGGAUCGUCUCUUCCAAGUACACAUUUUGGAACUUCAUACCCAAGAACUUAUUUGAACAGUUCAGAAGAAUAGCCAACUUUUAUUUUCUUAUCAUAUUUCUGGUACAGUUGAUUAUUGAUACGCCCACAAGUCCAGUAACAAGUGGACUUCCACUGUUCUUUGUCAUCACUGUCACAGCUAUCAAACAGGGUUAUGAGGACUGGCUUCGCCAUAAAGCGGACAAUGCGAUGAACCAGUGUCCUGUGCAUUUCAUUCAGCAUGGCAAGCUCGUUCGGAAGCAGAGUCGAAAGCUGAGAGUUGGUGACAUCGUGAUGGUGAAGGAGAAUGAGACCUUUCCUUGUGACCUGAUUUUCCUUUCCAGCAACCGAGGCGAUGGAACAUGCCACGUUACAACAGCCAGCUUAGAUGGAGAGUCGAGUCACAAAACUCACUAUGCAGUUCAAGACACAAAGGGAUUUCAUACUGAAGAGGAUAUAGACGGGCUGCAUGCUACCAUUGAGUGUGAGCAGCCUCAGCCGGACCUCUACAAGUUUGUUGGUCGUAUAAAUGUUUACAACGAUCUCAAUGACCCUGUGGUCAGGCCAUUAGGAUCAGAAAACCUGCUUCUUAGAGGAGCCACGCUAAAGAACACUGAGAAAAUCUUUGGAGUUGCUAUUUACACUGGCAUGGAAACCAAGAUGGCAUUAAAUUAUCAGUCAAAGUCCCAGAAGCGGUCUGCUGUAGAAAAAUCCAUGAAUGUAUUCCUCAUUGUGUACCUCUGUAUCCUGGUCAGUAAAGCCCUAAUAAAUACUGUCCUGAAGUAUGUAUGGCAGAGCAAACCAUUUCGAGAUGAGCCGUGGUAUAAUCAGAAAACUGACUCAGAAAGACAGAGGAACCUGUUCCUCCGAGCCUUCACAGACUUCCUGGCUUUCAUGGUCCUCUUCAACUACAUCAUCCCCGUGUCCAUGUAUGUCACCGUGGAAAUGCAGAAAUUUCUUGGCUCAUAUUUCAUCACUUGGGAUGAAGACAUGUUUGAUGAAGAAACAGGGGAAGGGCCGCUGGUUAAUACCUCUGAUUUAAAUGAAGAAUUAGGCCAGGUGGAGUACAUCUUCACUGAUAAAACAGGCACCCUCACAGAAAACAACAUGGAGUUUAAAGAAUGCUGUAUUGAAGGCCACGUCUACGUGCCUCACGUCAUCUGUAAUGGACAAGUCCUCCCUGAUUCUUCAGGAAUAGAUAUGAUUGAUUCCUCUCCAGGCGUCAGCGGAAGGGAGCGAGAAGAGCUGUUCUUCCGGGCCCUCUGUCUGUGCCACACAGUGCAGGUGAAAGAUGAUGAUGACGUAGAUGGGCCCAGGAAGCCACCCGACCCAGGGAGAUCCUGUGUGUACAUAUCGUCAUCACCCGAUGAAGUGGCCCUAGUUGAAGGCGUUCAAAGACUUGGUUUUACAUACCUGAGGCUAAGAGACAAUUACAUGGAGAUACUAAAUAGAGACAAUGACAUUGAAAGGUUUGAAUUGCUGGAAAUUUUGAGUUUUGACUCAGUAAGAAGGAGAAUGAGUGUAAUUGUGAAAUCUACUACAGGAGAAAUUUACCUGUUUUGCAAAGGAGCAGACUCUUCAAUAUUUCCCAGGGUAAUAGAAGGCAAAGUUGACCAAAUCCGAUCCAGAGUGGAGCGCAACGCAGUGGAGGGACUUCGAACUUUGUGUGUUGCCUACAAAAGACUCAUUCCAGAAGAAUAUGAAGGCAUUUAUAAGCUGCUGCAGGCUGCUAAAGUGGCACUUCAAGAUCGAGAAAAAAAAUUAGCAGAAGCAUAUGAGCAAAUAGAGAAAGAUCUUAUUCUGCUUGGUGCUACAGCUGUUGAGGAUCGGCUCCAGGAAAAAGCCGCUGAUACCAUUGAAGCGCUACAAAAAGCUGGAAUCAAAGUGUGGGUUCUAACGGGGGACAAAAUGGAGACUGCAGCGGCCACCUGCUAUGCCUGCAAACUUUUUAGGAGAAACACACAACUACUCGAGUUAACCACCAAGAAAAUUGAAGAGCAGAGUUUACACGAUGUUCUCUUUGAGCUGAGCAAGACCGUUCUGCGCUGUAGUGGCAGCCUAACGAGAGACACCUUCUCAGGACUUUCCACAGAUUUGCAAGAUUAUGGCUUAAUUAUUGAUGGAGCUGCAUUGUCUCUAAUAAUGAAACCCCGAGAAGACGGGAGUUCUGGCAACUACAGAGAACUCUUCCUUGAAAUCUGCCGAAACUGCAGCGCAGUGCUCUGCUGCCGGAUGGCACCGUUGCAGAAGGCCCAGAUUGUUAAAUUAAUUAAAUUUUCAAAAGAGCACCCUAUUACUUUAGCAGUUGGUGAUGGUGCGAAUGACGUCAGCAUGAUCCUGGAAGCACACGUGGGCAUAGGUGUCAUUGGAAAGGAAGGUCGUCAGGCUGCAAGGAACAGUGACUAUGCAGUACCGAAAUUUAAGCACUUAAAGAAGAUGCUGCUUGUUCAUGGGCAUUUUUAUUAUAUUAGGAUAGCUGAGCUUGUGCAAUACUUCUUUUAUAAGAAUGUCUGCUUCAUUUUCCCUCAGUUUUUAUACCAGUUCUUCUGUGGAUUUUCACAACAGACUUUAUAUGAUACUGCGUAUCUUACACUGUACAAUAUCAGCUUUACGUCCCUUCCAAUUCUCUUGUACAGUCUGAUGGAGCAACAUGUCAGCAUAGACAUGCUCAAGAGAGACCCGUCACUGUACAGAGAUAUUGCCAAGAACGCUCUACUCCGCUGGCGAGUGUUCAUUUAUUGGACAUUCUUAGGAGUAUUUGACGCUCUGGUAUUUUUCUUUGGUGCUUACUUCAUGUUUGAAAAUACAACCGUGACCAGCAACGGACAGAUAUUUGGAAACUGGACCUUUGGGACGCUGGUGUUCACUGUGAUGGUCUUCACAGUCACCCUGAAGCUUGCAUUGGAUACACACUAUUGGACUUGGAUAAACCACUUUGUCAUCUGGGGUUCACUGCUGUUCUACAUUGUCUUUUCCCUACUCUGGGGAGGAAUUAUCUGGCCGUUCCUCAACUACCAGAGGAUGUACUAUGUGUUUAUCCAGAUGUUGUCCUGUGGUCCUGCAUGGUUAAGCAUCAUCCUGUUGAUUACUGUGAGCCUUCUUCCUGAUGUUCUCAAGAAAGUUUUAUGUAGGCAGCUGUGGCCCACCGCAACAGAAAGAACUCAGAAUACAUCCAGGCAGUGUCAGGACCACGUUUCGGAAUUCACCUCUCUCGCCUCUCUACAAAGCCCCAGCUACCAGAGCCACGACCUCACCAGUCCUUCGGCCAUGGAGUCUAGUUCUCACUCUAAAAAACUGAUGUUAACCUUCUGGAAUAGCAAGGAGUAUUUAGUACAUCCAUCCAUCUUUGGUCUUUCAAAUAACUGUUGCAAUUCCAGUUCAAGACACUACUACCAUGGGUCCAGCCUGGAAACACCUGUAUGACGGACAGAUCACCAAUUCACGCCUUUGAGAACUGCAUUCUCGAGUGUGUGUCUGUGUGUCUGUGUGUCUGCGUAUGGGUGUGCUUUUUCCUUAGUUUCCAGAGAAGGAGAGAAACAACACAGCUUGUCCUGAGAGGCACUUAGCUCUGACCUUCUGGACUGAGCACUUGAGUUGUGGCUUCCUCCAGGCCUGGUGGCUUCUCGUACUCUCCUUUGUGCGUUUGGUUGGACUGCUAAGAAGGGUGUUCUGGCCCUGGAAGACUGGUAGCAGUAGAUGAUCUCUUUACCCUGAGUCAGGGCUUCUGUGUGAUUAUCCUCUCUGUCGUCCUCUGUCACUUGGUGUUACUUGAAGAGAAGAGCGCACCAAGUGAUCUACGUGUUGAGACAGCGGGUCAGUGUUGAGCCGGAGCAAUCACCUCACACACCCCUGGUGACCGCCAUUUUGAGCAUGUCUGCCAGCCGUGUCCCUUUCAUUCCUCCUUGUGUGCAGUCUCUGUGGAAGAGAUUGGUGUUUUCUGUGCACUUCCUUUUCUCAAGAAAUCCCCCAAUACUUCUGUUUUUGAAAGUGGCCAGAUUAGACAUUCAGGCAAUCGUGUAUUUGUUUUCCUGUUAGAAUCAUAGGCCUUGCUUUUGCUUAAGUUCAUCCUCUACAUGGUAAGGGUGUUUUUCUAAUGGGUUAUAUCCAAAUCUAAGCUUGUUUUGCCGAAGAGAGAUGUUAACCCUAUAUGUUGUUGAAUUUGUUAAUGUCUUCUCUUUUCCCAUCACCCACUUGCCUCUGUGGAGAAAAAAAAAAAAAACCCGUAUUCAUGUGUGAGGAAUAGGUAAUACUGUUAACGUAAGCUUUUCCAAUAGAAGUUUUGAGAUAUUUAUCAGUCACACUCCAAAGGGUAAAGUUUACUUAUUUACUACUUUUGAAGAUUUUUUAUUUCAUAGGUUUUAGGGAAAGGAGUAUUGGUUUCGGGUACCCUACGGUAACUGUGAGGAGCCCUGAUGGCACGGUGGUUAAGCACUCAGCUGCUAACUAACUCAACCCACCAGCCGCUCCGCAGGAGAGAGAUGUGGCUGUCUGCUUCCGUAAAGAUUACAGCUUUGGAAACCCUGUGAGGCAAUUUGACUCUGUCCUAUAGGGUUGCUAUGAGUUGAAAUUGACUCCACAGCAAUGGGUUUGGUUUGGUUUGGUUUAGUUUGGUUUAGGGUUAACUACUUGGCUGUGGUGGUCAGACUCCCCUUUGGCUGUAAUAUUGAGAGAGAACCACUAGGGGGUGCUUCUGUCAGAGUCUCUUUCAGGCUGUAAUGGUCAUGCUGACAAGAUGGCCGCUCAGUUUUAAAAGGCAAGGUCGUCAUCUUCUGCUCCCUUCAGUGCUCUGUAGUUCUUACCAGACUUUGCUCUGAUUUUUUUUUUUUCAUAGAUCUCUCCUUUAUCUUAGGAUUUUGUUCACUGUUUUAUUUGAGGUGGGCAAAUGCUCCACAAGGCCGCUUUUUAUAAAGCUCCUGUUCUUUUCUGUACUGGUAUGUCUAUUUCUGAAGGAGCCCUGGUAGCACAGUGGUUGAGCGCUUAGCCGCUAACCGAAAGGUCGGCGGUUCAAACCAGCUGCUCAGCAGGAGAAGGAUGUGGCAGCCAGCUUCCGUCAAGAUUUCAGCCUUGGAAACCCUGUGGGGCAGCUCUGCUCUGUCAUACAGGGCCUCGGAGUUGGAAUCACCUCAACAGGAACAGGGUUUUGUUUUGUUUUCCCCUUUGGGUUUCUAUUUCCAGAAAUGUUCAAUUUUACAUAACCUCAGUGGACCUUAAAGAAGGUAUUUCAGUUUGAGAUUCAAACUUCAGACAUUAAAACCAAUGUCUUUUUAAAAACACAUCACCCAAAAGCUGAAAGGAAACACCUUCUCACUGCUAGAUUUCAUAUCGUGAAAACUGAGACUUUUCUAAGUGAACGCUGAGAUCUGUUUCUGUGAUGUCUGAUUUUAGAUACUUUUGGAAGUUCAGGUUUCACCAUUUGAUUGUACAAUGUUUCACCUUUAGAGUACGUAUUUGAACUAAGGGAUACGUAUUAUUUUCCAAAUGGAGAAUUAACAGUAAACAGUGCAGUAGCUGGAAUAAGUGAAAUAUAAAUAUCAUACCAAAGAUUAGGAUAAUGAAGUUUUGACCUAGAAUUAGAAAACAGAAUAAGGAAGCACCGUUUUUGUCCUGAAGCUUGUCUUUACCAUUUUGUAAAAAUCCCUUCCGGUUCCGGUCUCGUCAGAUGACUGUCACGAGAUCAUGUGUAUGGUGACUGCGUGCCUGGUUGUCACACUUCACGCCAGACCCUGCAAAACAGUGGUGUAUGUGUUUUUACAGUGACUUAAAGAACCUAACAUACGGGUGUAGGUGCAACACCUGUAGGGGCAACAGAUUCUCUCUGUAUGUUCAGUUAACAGAUUAUUUGUAAUGUAUUUUUUUAAAAAUCUUAAAAUUGCCUUUGCACUGAAGUAUUUUCAUAGCUGUUUAUAUCUCUUUUAUGCAUUUAUUUGUUAGCAUACCAUAUCUAAUUUUUAAAGUAUGUUCUAAAGGUUUUAUUUUUUAAGUUGAUGAAAUUUUGGCCACUUUACGUUUAAAUUCUGGUGAGAGUUUUGGCUGGAUGUUUCGUAUCUGAUGAAUGUGAAAUUUUCAGAUCGAUUUUAUUCUCUAUACCUCUUAAUUUGUUAGUGUUUCUGAUGACAGUAAUUGUUGACGUUUAGAGUACAGUAAUUUGCUAAGCUUCUUCUGUGUAAUUUAUUGCAGUUUCAUCUACGUUUUCAUUUUUGUUUUUAGUUUCCAUUCUUCAGCCUUAAAAAUAGAAGAUUCUUGCUUAGUAGUGCAAUACGCUGGGUCCCAGUUCUGCCUACUACCUAGACAUUUACCGUAUGUCCUAUAAAAGUCACUAAACUUUUAUGCUCUCCAAAAUGUCUUUUCAAAAAUUAUUUAGGAAAUUAUUAAAUGCACAUGCCUAAUAAUCUUAAAUAUCUAAAGGGCACAAGAUAAAAAAAAAAGUGGGGGGAGGAAAAGACCACUGAAAUGACAUUUCAGAUAUGAUUUAAUGCAAUUUUUCACCUUUCAAUGGUUCGUGUUUACUUGCCUUUAACUUUAAAACAAGUAAUGUCAACUUUAAGCGUUUUUCUUAUUUUAGAAAAUCUAAUUCACUGCUGCACAUGAUGUUUGAAUAAAUUAUCAUUGUAACUUACCAUGUUGGUCCCAAUACAGGGCUCCUAAUUCCCAUUCCAUUCCUUUAAAAGCAAACCAUUUUAUAAAUGUGCGUGAGCAGCCCUGAUGACAUUUGUAUUCUCUUGCCUUCAGCUCCUACUUCACUCACGGCCAUAUGCAUACGUGUGCAAGCAUGUAUGCACACACACAAGUACAUACACAUGUAUGCACACACAAGUACACACACACAUUAUACUUUCCUUAAAUCCUGAACAUACCUGGCUUCUUUCUAAGGUGACCUUAUGGGGGUCGCUUCACCGUGUCUGGGAAGGUCAGGCUUCCUUAAACCUCCUCUGCCUCACUGGUAACAUGAGGCUCCUUGGUGGCAUCGGUAAGCCUUUGCACAGCACACAACAGGGUUGAAAGCCACGGCUUUGUUUAUACAAACUACUCACUGAAGGAUGUAACAGUGCCCAGGGCCAUGUUCAUUCCUUUCAAGGAUGCUCAGCUUCCCCAGUUUAAACCUCUCCUCUGCAGCUCAGCACCCAAGACAAGGUGGCCAGAGAGCAGAAUCUGGAAUCGGCCAACGCCCGCUCCGCAUCAGAUCUGCCUGCUUCUAGGAGCCCUGCCAUCGCCGCAGCAGGAGGGCCAGCCCCGAGCCAGCAGCAAGGCAGCUAGGGGUAGACAAGGUUUCCUUUUCUGGGCAACUGAAGUUAAAAUCCACAUCAACCCACUCCUAUGCAUUUGAAUAAUAGAGUGAACAAAGCAGACCAAAUAAAAAUACCCUUGAGGGUUGUAGCUCUCAUAAGAUGCUUAGUGAGUGUGUGCCUGGAUGAAUAAGUGAGGAGUAGUAAGUUUUGGAGAUUUAGAUGGAGAGAAAAAAUGACUGUAUGAUAGCAAGUUUUAUAGAACUUCUUGGUUUGACUUGUUGAGCUUCUUGCAGCUUUAAUUACAGAAAAGUCUCAGACGUGCUGUGGUAACUUUUUAAAUUGUCGGGCAUCAACCAAAUGUUGAGUGCAAUCGGAAGGAAGUUUUUUAGUCUUUUUUUUUUUUAAACCACUAAAGUUCAUAUGCCUUGCACUGACUAGUAAUGAACUAAUGCAACCACUUCUAUUUUAUUUUUAAAUUAAUAUUAUUUAUUUGACUUUAUACAACAACUUGGUAUGCAGUCCUUUGCAUUCUACAUUUCUUUUGGAAGUCACCCAUUUGUACUUUAAAACAGGAAAAAUGUCAGUUGACAAAUGCGUUCUUUCUUAUGUUGGCGGGUAGGUGAAUGGGACUGAGUCAUUCUGACAGAGUGUCUGUAACAAAGCUUUAAUGAAAAUGUGCUGAAAGUAUUAGGAAAGGUGAUUCUACUUUUGCAGAAAAAAAUCUAAAGAUCAGUUUAUAUAGCUUUAUUUUUUACCUUAUUGAAAUAUAUGGAAUUUUAAUAUGUGUAUAUUGUCUCUGACUUAAAAUUAUAGUGUUUGUCUGCAUUGCAACUUAAAAUUUCUGUUCAUUAUGUGAUGUGAUAAAAGAGAGGCUUUGAAAAUGUAUUAAACAGAAUGGUAUCUACAGUUAUCAUCAUAAAUACUGGAAUUUAUUUUUAAGUGAUUAAAUAUAGUAGGUGCACUUAACUUAAUAAAUCAGCCUCCAAUCAGUAAUGUUUAAUUGGUAAUAAUUCAUUAACCUGCUUUGAAAAAUUAAAUUGUGAAUUAAUCUAGUUCUUACAUUUCUGUAAAGUUUAUUUUGUAUGCUACUGUUUUUAACUUUUAUUUCUGUAGGUAAAAUAUGAUUUGAUAAUAAUUAUAUUGGACUUUUCUGUAGAUUAUCUAAGCAGGAGAUGUAAUCUGCUUGCAAUAAAGAAAAAAAAAAUA